CUAGAGUUCAGACGUUUGCACUUGCUACGUUAAUUCGGAGACGUUGAUGCAACUUCUCAAGCUGGAGCCGGUGUGCGAGUGUUGUCAGAAGCAGGGACAUGGGUCUGACUCCUAACACCAGCAGCGUGGGCAGCAGCUGUUUAUAAAGGGGGAGCCACCGAGUGCCACCACCUCACCGCCAUGCAGCCCCACCGCGCGCCCUUCGCAUUCGCCUUGGUCCUGCAGCUGCUCGGAGCUUUGACCCCCUUCGCCCAAGUGGCCGGCCCCCGGGCGCCCGUGGCCCCAGCUGCUCUGGAGGGGAGAGCGGAUCGCGAGAGAGAAGGUGCUCCGCAUGCAACCCGGCGCCAGGCAGCCCCUGGGCUGCUCCAGCAAGUGCUGCCCUCACCCAAAGAGGAGAGCCGCCGGACCGUCAGCGGAUUCAGUUUAGGAAACGGUGCCAGAGGGUCCUGGCAGAAAGCGCUUGCCAGCAGAUCCAAAGCAACAGCACCACAUGCAGCGGCGGAAGAGGCUGCACCGAUGCACGGUGCUAGGGACUUUGCUGCUGACGCUGCCCUUCGCUUGGGCGUGAGGAACAGUAGCAGUGGAUUUCCUGCCCUGGAGCCUAGGGGGCAGCCUGAGACCCCUUGGCAGGACCCUGGCGAGGGGAGGGUGAAUACGGACCGAUCGGUAGCUAUGGGGAUGGGAGGAUACUCUACUCUCCAGCGGCUUGCCGUGCACGGGGAGGAAGGUAGCAGCCAUGCUUCAAGCCACAGCCCCAAGAGGCUUGCCAGGAGCAGGAGAGGAGCCAGCGAGCUGCAGGGCAGGGGCAAGGGAGGAGGGGGAGGGAAACCCAGGAGCCUUAAGAAUAGCAACCUGGCAAAGCCUUUCAACAGCUCCUUGGGCAGCCCGGCACCUCCAGCCAGGGGUGAUGGCGAGGAGGAGGAUGCCCCUCAGCUGCUGCCUUUGAAUGGCUCCUCCCGCGGUGGGCUAGAGAGGGGCGCAGGAGCCCGCAGCAAUGGGACAAGCCGCCGGGCCCGGCUGAAGAACCCUUUCUACCCGCUGACUGAGGAGUCGUACGGCGCCUAUGCGGUCAUGUGCCUGUCCGUGGUGAUAUUCGGCAUCGGGAUCAUGGGCAACAUGGCAGUGAUGUGCAUCGUGUGCCACAACUACUACAUGAGGAGUAUCUCCAACUCCCUGCUGGCCAACCUGGCCUUCUGGGACUUCCUCAUCAUCUUCUUCUGCCUGCCCCUGGUGAUCUUUCAGGAGCUCACCAAAAAGUGGCUGCUGGCAGACUUCUCCUGCAAAAUCGUUCCAUACAUCGAGGUAGCUUCUCUUGGAGUCACUACGUUCACACUAUGUGCCCUCUGUAUAGACCGAUUUCGUGCUGCCACUAAUGUACAGAUGUAUUAUGAGAUGAUUGAAAACUGUACUUCAACAACUGCCAAACUGGCCGUUAUAUGGGUUGGUGCUCUGUUGUUGGCACUUCCGGAGGUUGUUUUACGCCAGUUGACAAAGGAAGACUCUCCAUUUAGUGGCAGCCCACCAGGGGAACGGUGCGUGGUAAAGAUCUCUACUGAAUUACCUGAUACCAUUUAUGUAUUAGCUCUCACAUAUGAUGGUGCAAGACUCUGGUGGUAUUUUGGCUGCUACUUUUGUUUGCCUACUCUUUUCACUAUUACCUGUUCUCUGGUAACAGCAAGGAAAAUCAGACGAGCAGAGAAGGCUUGCACACGAGGGAACAAGCGACAAAUUCAGCUGGAAAGUCAGAUGAACUGCACAGUGGUGGCUUUGACCAUUUUGUAUGGGUUUUGCAUCAUUCCUGAAAACAUUUGCAACAUUGUGACUGCAUACAUGUCCACAGGAGUCUCUCGGCAGACUAUGGAUCUCCUCCAUCUCAUUAGCCAGUUUCUUUUGUUCUUUAAGUCCUGUGUGACCCCAGUCCUCCUUUUCUGUCUUUGCAAACCGUUCAGUCGGGCCUUUAUGGAAUGUUGUUGUUGUUGCUGUGAUGAAUGCAUCCAGAAGUCUUCAACGGUAACAAGUGAUGACAAUGACAAUGAGUACACCACAGAGCUUGAACUCUCCCCUUUCAGUACCAUCCGUCGUGAAAUGUCCACCUUUGCUUCGGUUGGGACUCACUGCUAAUCGACUCUGUGGCUUUAUUUGCAGUACCCCUGUUUUUUUUUUAAACUUCAUAUUUUUCUUGUUGGAACAAAAUGCAAGGAAAAAAUGUUGCUUCUAAGAACUACCCUGUAAACCGAUUUGCAUAUUAACAGUUGUGCUUUGGAAAAUAAUUUCUGUUGAGUUAUUAAAAUGAGAGAGCCAACAUGGAGUUUUAAACCAUUGUAUUUGGGAUGGUGCUCGUAUUCUAUUGUUUGAGGUAGCGGGGCAACCACGUCGACCUAUUUUAUUUAAUUCCUUGCUAAUUUUUUUAUAAUCACUGUAAAUUGAUUACAUAAACAUUGUGGUUUUUUGAAAGAUGUUUAAUGUAAAAGAUGUGGUGGAAAGUAUUUGAAGCUAGUUUUAAUCCAAUUUACUGUACAAUAUUGUGAGAAUAUUUGGAGUCUGGGAAAUUUACAAGGUAGUAUAAUAAUAAAUGAGAUUUUAUUCUUUAAUGUCAUUGUCAAUCUGUAUUUUACCAUUUAAAUAUUAUUAAAUUGCCUUAAUAAGGAUAAAAAUCUUUGCUUUACCCAGAAUAAUUUAAAUUUACCAUAUUUAAUUUACCAUUCACGUACUUACCCUUGGAGGUAGUAGUUACUAUGUUUAAAGAAGAUGCUUACAAUGGAAUUAGCUUUACAUGAGUGGUUUUUAAAUGUGCAUUAUGAAGGUUCAAUGUGCUACAUUUAAAAUUUCCUUUUAAAACUUGUAGUUAUACAGUGCCUAAGUUACUUUGGUCUAUUUGAGAAGUAAGAUUUGCUUUCGCCUUGAUUUGUAUUAUGUGUGGCUUCAUUUGCUGAGUUUCUUUUCACUUUUUUCUACACUAAGGACAUGUCCUCAAUCUGCAAGUAUAACUCCUAGUGGCAUCCAUGAGAGUCCCACCGCAGAGCCAGGGUAUUAUUUUGCCAUAGGGUUGGUGACAAUAAACAUGAGGGACUGGAAGAUGUGGAGAGUGAAUUCCUUUUUUUAAAACACAAAUGCAUUUUCAGACACACAGGGCCUGAUCCAAAGCCCACUGAAGUCAAUGGAAAUAUUCCUGUUGAUUUCAGUGGGUGUCUGAUCAGGCCCACAUUCCCUAAGUAUUCUGGGAUAUGCAGCAUGAAUGUUAGAAGUGGAUACGCUGUAAACAAAUCAUGAGUAUUAAUUAUGUAUUUUUCACGGAGGCCACAAUCCUCUACAGGCUCGCACUUCACAAUCUGUUUUUUAAGAACCAUGUUGUGUUUGUCUGAUUGUUUCUUUCUGUCUACAGACCUGUUAAACUAGGAAAUUGAAUUUAUUAUUUAAACCAUUGUUUUCUCAAGUGACAAAAUGAGCAUAUUUUUGUCCUCUGAAAUAAAGUGUGGGUAUACCUAAUAUAGUCCACCUUCUACAGGCUCUUUAAAUGUCUUGGAAAAAUUGAUGUGACUUCUGAAAAGAAAGAGAGAUUUUCCUUUAUGUGGAGUAUGCUAGAUUUUAUACCUUUACUUUGUAUAUCGGUGUGGGAAAAAAUAAUUCCUCAUUACUUUCACUUAAACAUACACCAAAUUCAGCAGAAAAGGUACUUAUUUUGUGUAUGUGUCCACUCUAUUCCUUGUAUCUGUUAAAAUUGGACAACCAUUAUUGCAUUACGCCCUGAUUAAUCAAGCUAUUUUAAGCAUGUGAAUAAUCCCAUUGACUAUAGAUAGGCACAUGCUUAAAUACUUGCUGAAUCAGGACCCAAGUUCUCCCGCUGUUUUGUAGUGUGGUCAAUCACGUGUGUAGACAAGAGAUCCUUUUGUAGACAUUUCCUUUCCCAAUUCCCUUUCUAUACACUAUAUGGAAGCUAGAGUGCUUGAUUACAUGAAAUAAAUCAUGGACAGUAUUAAGCAAACAAGAUGAAAAUAAAUUUAUUU